AUUAUUAAAAGUAGAAUUAUUUCUAUGAAAAAUAUUUUAAAUAAGAAAGUUGAAUAAAAUUAGCAAAGAUGUUGAGGAUAAAAAAAAUGAAAAUGAUGAUGAGCCAGGUUCGAGUAGGAAAGAAAGUCGUUAAUGAAUUGUCACUAAAAAAAAAUCCCCAUGAAAUUUUUUUUUUAAUUGAUUGGUAAAAUAAAAGAGUAAUCAGUGAUUGGCAGGAAAUAAUUAACUAUUUUUCAAUUGGUUAAAAAAAAAAACAAAGAAAUAAAAAGUAAAAAAAAAUAAAAUUUUUGCAGACGCAGUUGUAGUUUCUUGAACCUCAACUUUCGAUACCGUUAUUGACCCACAAACAGACAAAAGUUGUUGGUCGUGUAUAUGAGAAAAUUUCAAUGCCAGUCAACGAUACGUGGUACAUAAGACAAGUUCAAGGGUCUGUUUUCUCACAGCUUGUGUUAAUCUAUGGGUUUAUUGAGUCUUUUUAAAUAAUAUUAAAUUUCUAAAAUUAUUAAAACUAAAUCAAUCAUUAAGAUUUGCAUUAAACGUGUCACCAAAUUUAAACUGUCUUUAUACAAUUUCAAUAAAUAGAGUGAUUUUAAUUUUUAAUAAUGUUGUGGUUAGCAUUAAUUAUUUGUUUAAUAAACACAAGUUUAGCAUUACUACCAACAUUUGGUGCAUGUCCAGAUGUGGAAACAAUUGAUCGAUUAAACAUGACCAGGUUUAUGGGAAAGUGGUUCGAAGCUGAAAGAUACUUUUCACUCGUUGACAUUGGAGCUAAAUGUGGAACUUUUAAUUAUAGCAGUGGUGAUAAUGGCUCAUUAAAACUUGUUAAUUCACAAAUAUCAACAAUUACUGGAAUUGAAUCAACAGUUGAAGGUAUAGCAAGACCAUUGACACGUGCUGAUGAUCCAAAGCUAUUAAUGUCAUAUCCAUCACUGCCAAUUCAAUAUCCAUUACCAUAUUGGAUAUUGGGAACUGAUUAUGAUACGUUUGCUGUUUGUUGGAGCUGCACAAACAUGGGUGUAUUUAGCCUCAAAAGUGCCUGGAUAUUAACAAGAGAACAAAAACCACCAAUACCAGUUUUGGAAAAAGCUUAUCAUAUACUUGAUAAAAAUACUAUUAGCAGGGCAUAUUUUUCACGUACUGAUCAAAAAAAUUGUCCAUCAGUAAAUUAAUUAUCUUAAAAUUAAAAAACAAAAAAUAUUUAUAUCUUCAUAUUUAAUUAUA